AUGGAUGGCAAAUUUCCAGACGAAAACAUCGUUCGAGAAAUUGCGGGACGCCGCAUUCACGUCCUACAAAAAUUUACCGAUUUUGAAGAGAAGGCUUUGAAGAAACGUCGGCUGCUAGUUCAAUCUGGCCAACUACAACAUUUUCUCAGCGAGUUCAAGCAAGUCAUCGAAGUGUUCAUCGACACCGCUGAGGCAAUUAACAUUCGUCAUAGUUCGGACUAUUUGGCUCGCACUCAAAAAAAUCUCAAUAAAUUACGUGGAGAAGUUGAUGGACAACAUCAAGCUGUUUCCUUACUGGAAAAAGAAGCUCAUCGUCUUGUUAAUGAUGGUCACUAUGCGUCGGAAGACAUUCAGAAAACAUUAGCUGAACUGCAGUCUCGAUGGGAAUAUCUCUUGGAGUUACUUGAUCUGAAAUGGUUGCAAGUCCAGAAAGAUCUGGAGUCCAUGGAGUUCAGCAAUAAAUGCUCUUCGAUUUUGAAGUGGAUGUCGGAGGCGAAAACCGUGGAGAAUCCCGAAAAAGAUAUCUUUGACGAGAUUCGUAAAUAUUCUGUAGUGUGGAAUGAUAUCUUGGUAAUGUAUCAACAAAUUGUGGAUCCAUCGCCUGUAGACACUGAAAACUUUGAAUUGGUUCGGGACACUUGGAUAGAUUUCCAGCAAUACGUCGAUUCAAUUCAUAAAGAGUUAGACAGUCAUCAGCGUGUUCAAAAGUUUAUCGACAAUGCAGACUAUUUGAAGUUGUGGAUGGCAAACAAAGAAGAAGAAAUCCAUGGGAAGUAUUCUCAGCUUAGCGUUGAAGAGGCAAUGAAGUAUCGUAAAACUAUCGAGCUUGAAAUUAAAAGCACGGAACAGCGUAUUAAAAAUCUCGAAGAAGAAGCUGUUGAUCCUAAUAGUCGAGAACAGUUUCAAAACAAUCCUGAUAUCCAAAAACACCUGGAGGAGGUAGUAACAAAUUUCAAGUCGUUUCAAAGCUAUAUUGAAAAGUGGAGAUUUGAUUUGGAAACUGCUGCCGAACUUGACACACUUCAAAAAGACGCAGAUGAUAUUCGAUACUGGUGCUCCGAGAAAGUUGAAGACUUGAAAGUAAUGGAACGAUCUGAAUCAGCCGACUGCGAUGAAAUAGCUAUGUGGAUUGAGACAAACAACUUUGAUUUCAACUCAUGGGAUAAUGUUGUUGAUCAGUUCACAACCAGUGCUCAGGAAAUCUGGGCGAAAGCGAAGGACGAAACUUUCAGAAACGAUGUUGAGAAGAUAAAGGCUAUAUACAGUCUUGCGAAAAAGACAUCGGAAACCUGCAACGAGAUUCUGGAGAUGCGCAUUGAAACCAUAAAUAUGGAGAAAUUAAUCUAUCAAACUCAUCAAAAGGCUGCUUAUUUGGUGUCUGUUCUUCAAAAAAAUGAUGAAGUUCUAGUGGGAAUAAAAAUAGAGGAUGCUGAAACCGAGCUACGUAUGAUGGAUGGAGUCGCUGUUCGAUGUUCUUCCGUGGUUGAACAAAUUGAGCACAUUGAGCUGAAAAUGCGGCAUUGCGAUGAUCAAUACUCUCAACUAAGUGAUAAUGCUUCAAUCCAAUUCAAUCAACUAGCCGAAAUGAAAAAUAUUUUGAAGAACUCUCCCGGUAAUAGGAAAUCUCAACUGCAGCGUUAUCUCGAUGUAUCCUAUUUUGCUGAUAGAUGUCGUGACGUUAGAAAACAUGCGGAAACAAUGCUGAAUAACUUGAAAGACGGAAAGAUUAAGCGAGAAAGUGUCCAACCAAUCAAAGAACAGAUCGAAGCACUGUACAGUGAAAUGGUUGGGCUUGAUUUAGAGGAUGGAGACCGAACAAUCUCAGAAGAUGAUUUGAAUCGUGCAAAGAAAACGCUGCAGCUGAUUGAAAAUGAAUAUGAGAGCAUUUCCGAACGACAAGAAUCAAAAAAAGCUGCUGAAAGAACGGAGAAAUUUGUCCAAAGAGUACAUCAAUGGAUAGAAGACAGUUUGAAAGAUGCGGAUGAAACAGACUUCUCGCUUCAACAUCAAAAUCUUCAUCGUACUCUUUCUAACUACAAUAAUAUUCUAUCCUCAACUGCAGUCUACAAAGCUUCGAUCGAAAAAAGGCGUGGAGAACUGAGUGAUUCCGCUAGUGAUAAUAUUCAGAAAAAUCUUCUCGAUAAACUUCAAAACUCUCUUGAAAUGUAUGAAGAUCAAAUUCAUCAAAAAUCAACCGAUACAGAAAACGCAUUGAAAGCCGUGGAAAGAAUGUCAGAGCUCAACUCUCAAAAUGAUUGGAUCAAGUCGAAAAUUAAGAUUCUCAGUAAUGAGCAAAUAUGCGAUUCUUCUCUUAUCGCACAGAAAAUGAAUCGUCGUUAUGAGAAAGAUUCUGAGGAAAUUGAAAACCGUCGGAAACACAUAAAUGAGGUUGUGUUGAACAAUAUCACUGGCGAAAAUCAUCCAAUCCUUGAAGAAAUAGAAAACAAUUGGAACCGAAUGAAAACGAUGUUCGAUGAGAAAGGCGGUGUUCUCGAGAGGAUGAUCAAACUCUACGAAUACGACGAAGAAUCAACAACUACUUCCGAGUGGCUGCGUGAUAAAAUGAUGUAUGCCGAUGCCAUUGUCCCAAAGGAAGAUGAAUCUCUUAAUAGAAUCAUGGUGAAAAAGUUGGAGGCAUUAGCUGAUGAUGUGGAGAGCUACAAAACAAAAAUAGUCGAAACUCAUGCUCUACUCGAAGAUGCAUUGGUCACUCCAAAAACAAAAGAUUCUGUUUCUCAACAAGUUAUUAAACUGAAGUCUGCCCUUACUCGUAAGCAAGGAGAAAUCGAGUCAGAUUAUGUUGCUCUGAAAAGAAUGGUUGAAAAGAAACUCGCCGAAUUUCAUUCAUUACUUCAAGAUGCAGAUGUUGCUCGCGAGAUUGCCGAUAUGGAACGGUGGAUUGAAGAAGAAGAGAAUCAACUCAAUAGACACCUGGCCGCAGACUCAGAAGAACUUCCUAAUCAACUAGAUAACGCAAUAUUGAGCAUUCAAAGAAGACGUUCGAACUUGACAAACAUAAAAUGCGCAGCAGUUGGCGGCGGACAAUUCCAAACCCAAAAGCUUGAUGACGCAUUUGAUAUGCUAGACGUUUUUGCUUUCGAAGUAGAUAGAAUCCGUCAAAAAGCCAACCGUUCUUCGCUUCUCAAAAAACUAAAGGUCGAGGCAGAGAGUGUUAUCGAUGCCAUUCAAACGACGCGUGAAAGAAUCGAUACGUUCCCCACUGCUAGCAGAAAACGCGGCGUUAUUGGAGAACUGCAGAAUCUCGAUGGCGAUCUGGAGACUUUGCGAAGAAGAGUCAUCGCAUCUCUUGAUAAAGCUAAAGAAGUAAGAGCAGCGAAUGCAGAUUUGGCUCCCCAAGUAUAUGAUCUCGAAGAGCGUCUCGAAAAGGAGUGGACAGAUGUUAGUAAAGCUGCAGAAAACAGGAAAAAGCGAAUUGAAAGAGGCAAACUUCUUGCUGAGUUGGAAAAUGAAUUGCUUGACAUGGAACAUUGGAUCGAUACUUUCAAUGAAGAAGUUAUUAUUGUGACCGGUGGAAUUCAUGAUGGCCUAGGAGUACAAGUUGGGUUGGAAUCGAUCGAUACAUGGAGAGAGGAGCUAUCGCAUCGUGUUGAUCAGCUUGGAAACGUCAAAAAUGCUCUUGCUUCGGUUCUCAACACACUCACCAACCAAGAAGAAAGAAAUAAGUGGUUAGAACGAGUUUCUGAUAUCGAAAGUGACUUAGUUAAAGCUAGAAAAACGAUCGAUGCGAAACAAGAUGAGCUCAGUGACUUUUCUAAUGUACUUGGCGCUGAACGAGAUUGUGAACGUCUUUACAAUUGGGCGGUCAGUAAAAGAGAACAGUUAGAGAUCGAAUCAGCUAUUAGUGAUGCAAAAACAGUUAUUCGAAAAAUGAAUGAAGUGGAGAAGAUGAUGAUUAACCGCCAAGGGGAAAUCGACGAGAUAAGAGAUUUCCUGGACAAACUGAGAGAUAGCAAAAAACCGAGCAGUUUCAAAAGUACUGAAUUGGAACAAAAGUUCGAGAAGCUGGAUGAAGAGUGGAGAUAUCUAGAAGAAGAGUUGAGAAGAAAAGAAAGUGAUUUGAACGAAUCAAUGUCCCAGCUGCUGCUUGAUGAGCAAUUCGAGAAAAUUCAGAAAUGGAUUGAUGAACGCAGUGAAUUGUUGGAAACCAUGUGUUCCGCAGAGAAAAAACCAUCUGAUACUGAAAACCGUCAAAAACAGUAUGAAAAAAUGGCAGCGGAGAUCAGUGAGUACCUUCCAGUGUGUGAAGAUUUCCUCAACAAUGAUCAUGUGGACGAUGAAAAAGUUCAUAUAAUUCGAGAACUUUGGAGUAGCCUUAUCGAAACAACCACUAUCCAUCAAAAGUCGCUUGCUCAAGAAGUUCAGAAAAACCGUCUUCUUGAUCUUCUCGAAGACAUCGGUCUGUGGUUGGUAGAUUCUGAAGCAGAAGUCCAUUCGGCUGUGAAUUUCACCAGUCUGUACAACACUGUGGAUGCGGAGAAGGCUUCGCGACGUUUGAAGUCACUUAAUGAACAAGCCGGAGAGAAAGACGAUCUUUUGAGACGCGUUCGUCAAGAUGAUAACACUAAAGAGACUAUUGAGAAACUCCGUAAAGGAAUCUCCGAACUUCAACUUUUGAUCAAAGCGAACUACGAAGAUCUGGAUGUGUUCAAAAGUAUGCAAGAAGUUAUCAAGGCUAUUGAUGAUGAGAUAUGCUGGUAUAAAGAAAUCAGUGUUAUAGUGUCCAGUACAAAUGUUGGUCAAGAUAAAGCUUCUCUAGAUGUGAUUCGACGUAAACAUCAACGCCUUCUCGUUGAAGCUGAGCGCAGAAAGCAAAAGGUUGCGAAGAUUGUGGAUCGAACAACCGAGUUGAUGUCAGGCCGUCGUCGUCCUUCUCUUGAUUCAAAAAUUGAUGAGAUCGAUGAUAAACUGGCUCAGCUAACGGAAUUGUUGGAAAGCAAUAGUCAGAUUGCCGAAAUUCGAUCCAACCGAUUGGAAAAAUGGGGUGAAUACUUCAAUAUAAUGGAAGAGAUUCGUGAGAAAGAGCAUGCUCUGGAUCAACUGGUUACUAUGAAGAAGGGCUCUCCAGAAGCAGUUCUCGCUGAUGUGGAACGUAAAUGUGGCAUGCUGCACACUAUCGGAGAACAAAUGGACAAUUUGAAAAAUGAGGCAGAAAAGUUUUCAAACGAUGAAAUAGUUCGUACGAAAGCUGCUGAAAAUGCAGCCGAAAAACUCCGGGUCAAAUGGUUGAAUGUAACAGAGCAGAUGGAAGAAAACCAUCGAAAACUGAAAGAAGCCACUGAAUCAUCGAAAUUCGUUUGGAAAUGUGACACUGCCAUUCGUUGUAUUCGAGAUCAAGAAGAAAAAAUUUCAAACCUCGUUCAACAAAAGAAACCGACUAGUAAUUUUGAGGUUUCCAUUUACCAUUCAACUGUCAGUUUCAUUGAGAGUUAUUCAAAAGAAACUAUCGAAAAGCUGGUUUUGGUUUCUCGUGAGCUACAAGAUUCGUCGGACUCAGGAAAGAAACUAUCACUUGUAUAUGAUAGAUUGAAUUCAUUGAAGAAACAAUUGGCGUUGCUCUCUGAGAAAAUUGAAAAUGAUAAACAACGAAAGAAGAGAGUUCAAAGUAUUCAAGAUGACUAUUCAAAGCGAGCAUGUGAACUUGGCAAUUGGUUGGAACAAGCCGAAGAAGAUGUUGCUGACGUUGUUUGGUUCCAAACGAAAGAGUCUUCGGAAGAUUGUCGACACACUCUUCUGGAAAUUCUUGAGCUUCUGACAAAUGAAAAAGUUGAGCUUCUUGGGGACCUCGAAUUGCUCGAAGUAGAAUUAGCUGAGUUGAAUGAAGACGUGAACACGUUUACUUGGCAUUCAUACAAAUCACUCGCGACUCGUAUGGAAAGACUCGAUCAAACCAUCUCAGAACGAAUCAGAAUUGUGGACAAUGAGAUACGCCGUCAUCUGGAGAACGAAAAGAUCUGUGAAGAGGCUGCACGUUCUUUGAAAACGUGUCAGAAUGUUAUACUAGAUGUGAGAAAGGAAUUAGACCAUCUCCAUAGUCUGAAGCUGGAUGAUCAACGAGAUAAGUUAUCUGAGCUGAUCGAACAAAUCAAGGGUAGUGGAAUGAUCCGUGAGCUGGAACAGUGGAGAAGCAUUAUGGGGUCUCGCUACAUUUUCACCAACAGGUUUUCUUCUGCAACACCACACGGGGUUUUGGUAGACACCUGUCACUGCCUCGAACUCAUGAGUUCAAUGCUGCGAUCAGUUGAACAAUCAAUUUCGGAAAGAAAUAGCAGUGGUGUGACUGAAAAACAAAUUCGUGAAUUUGAACUUGCUUUUCAGUAUUUUGACAGGGAAAAGAAGGGCUGGCUUGAUUACGAACACCUUGAAUUGUGUCUGAAGUCGCAGGGUUACGAUUUCACGAUCGAAACGACAACUUCGGAAACUCUCAUGUUUUUGGAUCCGACAAACAGUGGACGAAUUUUGAAAGCAGAUUACAUGCGUUGGAUGGUGAAAAACGAGACUACCAAUAUUCUCGACGAUCAUUCGGCCAUUGAAGAUGCUCUAAAGAGUCUAGAUGCUAGAAAGAUUUCAGAUAGCAUGUCUCGCAAGGAAGCCGAGUUUUUCAUGCGCAAGAUUGCCAAGCACUCGGAGACAUUCACGGAGCACAUUCACCUGGAGUACAAAGAUUUUGUUGACUCGUUUUAUUGA